ACCUGCGCGCGAGCAGGGGCAUGAAGGCGCCGGCGCGCAUUCUGCUGUCGGGCAGCUCGGCGGGAGGGCAGGCGGUGGUGACGCUGUGCGACCUGCUGCCGCUGCUCUUCCCGCGCGCGCUCGUCAAGUGCAUCAUGGACGCGGGGCUCUUCGUCGACGCGGAGGACCGCACAAAGCGGCGAGCGUUUGCAGGCAUGGUGAAGGCCACGGUGGCGCUGCACAACAUGCGAGUCAACUGGCGCUGCAGUCAAACCAUGUCCCCCGCCAACCAGUGGCAGUGCUUCUUCCCGCACCAAGCGUUACGCUUUGUGUCAUCCCCAGUGCUGGCGGUGAACUCUCUCUUUGACUACCCGCCAGGCGGCUGCUUCUAUCCCGCCAACCCACUCACUGCUCCCACCUCCUUCCAACUCCCUUCGUACAGCCAUGUCCCCCGCCAACCAGUGGCAGCGGCUGCUUCUAUCCCGCCAACCCACUCACUGCUCCCACCUCCUUCCAACUCCCUUCGUGCAGCCAUGUCGCCAGUCAACCAGUGGCGCUGCUUCUUCCCGCACCAAGCGUUACGCUUUGUGUCAUCCCCAGUGCUGGCGGUGAACUCUCUCUUUGACUACCCGCCAGGCGGCUGCUUCUAUCCCGCCAACCCACUCACUGCUCCCACCUCCUCCCAACUCCCUUCGUGCAGCCAUGUCGCCAGUCAACCAGUGGCGCUGCUUCUUCCCGCACCAAGCGCGGCUGCUUCUAUCCCGCCAACCCACUCACUGCUCCCACCUCCUCCCAACUCCCUUCGUGCAGCCAUGUCACCAGUCAACCAGUGGCGCUGCUUCUUCCCGCACCAAGCGUUACGCUUCGUGUCGUCGCCCGUGCUGGCAGUGAACUCGCUCUUUGACUACCGCGCGCUCAUGCUGGGCAACCAGCUGCCCGCCAACCAGGCCCAGGCCACUGCCUGCCUGCGCCAGAUCGCCAAGGAGGGCGGCACCGACCUGCUCAGGCUCGUCACCAGCCAGUCCUGGCGCCACGACCCGUCCGCACUGGCGGAGAUUCAGUCAGGAGGGACGUUGUUUCCUGGAGGUGAUUAUAAGGGGGGGAGUUUGGAAAUUGGGUUGACGAGUACAGUGGAGGAAGGGGACAGUCCUGGGAACGGGAAGGGUGGGAAGAGGAAAGGAAAGGGGGGUGGUGGAGGAGCAGGGAAGGGGAGAAGGGUGAGGGGGUCAGCAGGUGCAGCAGCGGCUGAAGCGCCUGUGUGCGCGCCCGAGGAGCACAAGGCGGUGCUGAAUGUGGCGUGGCAGAUGAUUCAAUACACGGAUGCUGCUUCCCUGGAGCUCGGACCCACCGGUGACGUGAUGAAGGGAAGGAAAAAGGACGGAUUUCGAGAAGGGACGGACAGUGGACGGCUGGUGGCAAGGAAAUAUGACGAGAGGGGAGGCGCGACGAUGGGAGGGGAGGCGCGACGAUGGGCGGGGAGGCGCGACGAUGGGCGGGGAGGCGCGAUGAUGGGCGGGGAGGCGCGACGAGGAGAGGCACGAGGAGACCACAACGAGGGGACGGGACGGGACAAGGGGAGGCGCGACGACGGGGGAACCGACGAGGGGAGGCGACGAGUGUGUGUGCACGCUUCGGGAAAUUCGGAAUGA